GGCGGUGGGAAGGACUCGGACUGCAGUGCUCACAUAUGUGAGAGAGUUUGAGACACAUGCAUCACAUAUGAAGAGAGAGAACAUUUCUUACAUUGUUUGGAAUAAGACACAAGCAGAGCAGACCAUCAUAGAGAGGAGACAGUGCAGAGAAGAACGUUCCUGCCAUGCCCGGUUCCCCAGUGGAUGGAAAGACUCAUUGCAGACCAACCGUCUCCGUCAUGCCUCCUCUACCCUCCGUCAACCCCAGUGGACCUCGACCAGCAGCCUUCUCCUCCACAGCAUUGACUAAUGGGAUCAAUCAUUCUCCGCCGAUGCUCAACGCCAUUCCCUCGCCGCCUCAGCGCUACAGCAACGGCCCUUCAUCAUCAUCUUCCUCUUCUCUGGCCAAUCAGCAGCUUCCAGCCACCUGCGGCGCUCGACAGCUGAGCAAACUCAAGCGCUUCCUCACAACCCUGCAGCAGUUCGGCAACGACAUCUCGCCCGAGAUCGGAGAGAGCGUCCGAAACCUGGUGCUGGCGCUGGUGAACAACACCGUCACCAUCGAAGAGUUUCACUCCAGACUGCAAGAAGCUACAAACUUCCCCUUGAGGCCCUUCGUCAUUCCCUUCCUGAAGGCGAACCUGCCCUUACUGCAGAGAGAGCUUUUGCACUGCGCUCGAGCCGCCAAACAGACUCCAGCGCAGUAUCUGUCCCAACACGAACACCUCCUGCUCAGCACCAGCGUCCCAUCACCAGCCGACUCCACCGAACUCCUGCUGGAGCCCAGCGAGAGCAGCAAACGCCACAGUCCUAACCGAAGUAAAGAGAAUGGUUUUCACGAGCGUCCUCCCGCCUCCCUGGAGCCUCCUGCCAAACGAAUUUGCACCAUUAGCCCCGCCCCCCGACACAGCCCCGCCCACCCGCUGCAGCUCCCCGCCCAGAUCCACCCGACUCCGCCCCCUCUGCAGCACUAUGCGCUGGAUGACAUCAGCACACCUCACCUGUACAGAGAGCCGCAGCGGAUCCUGGAGCUGAAGGAGCGUCCGCGGCUGAUAGGCAGUAACGGAGGCUAUCGUGAGGAACCUGUGGACCACAGACUGACGGAAAGAGAGUGGGCUGAAGAAUGGAGACAUCUGGAUAAUGUGCUGAACUGUAUUGUGGACAUGGUGGAGAAGACACGGCGUUCGGUAAGCGUUCUGCGGCGCUGUCAGGAGUCCGACCGAGACGAGCUCAAUUACUGGAGACGACGCUCCAACCCACACGAUGAGGGACGCAAGAACGGAUCGACCGCAGGGAACGUCCCGUUCUCCAAGACACUCAGCCCUCUGUCAGCCGAGGGAGUCAACACAGACUCUCAGAGGGAUCUUCCCUUGCGCUCCGGCUCUGGAUAUGUGCCUGAUGAGAUAUGGAGGAAAGCCGAGGAAGCGGUGAACGAGGUGAAGCGUCAGGCGAUGGACGAGGUGCAGAAGGCCGUCGCCGAGGCCGAGCAGAAAGCCUUCGAGAUGAUCACCGCAGAGAGAGCCAAGAUGGAGAAAACCCUCGCCGAUGCCAAGAGGAAAGCCACUGAAGACGCCAUACAGGUCAUCAACGAGCAGGAAGACUCCAGCGAGUGCUGCUGGAACUGCGGUCGGAAGGCGAGCGAGACGUGCAGCGGCUGUAAUGCGGCGCGAUACUGCGGCUCCUUCUGUCAACACAAGGACUGGGAGCGACACCAUCUCAUCUGCAGCCCGGGACUCCAGACGCAGCCCAAAUCCAUGCCACGCAUCCCGGCCAAAGCUCCGGAGAGUCCAGGCCUGGAGAAGACCUCCAGAGUGUCCACCCCAGCCUCGUCAGACGCCAGCGGACACUGAGAGCCAUCAAAGCAGGACAGUCCCACACACUUUUACAGCUUAAGGACAGGAGGACGUGUUUCGGCAUCGCUUGGCAUGACUCAACCAGUCAUAAGGGUCAUUUAAAUAAACAAGCUUUCCAUUGAUGUAUGGUUUGUUAUGAUCGGACAAUAUUUGGCUGAGAUACAACUAUUUGAAAAUCUAGAAUCUUAGGGUGCCAAAAAAAUAUAAAUAUUGAGAAAAUCAUCUUUAAAGUUGUUCAGAUGAAUUCUUAGAAAUGCAAAUUACAAAUCAAAAAUAAAGUUUUGGUAUAUAUAUAUAUAUAUAUAUAUAUGAUAAGAAAUUUCCAAAAUAUCUUCAUGGAACAUGAUCUUUGCUUAAUAUCCUAAUGAUUUUUGGCAUAAAUGAAAAAUCGAUAUUUUUGACUCAUACAAUGUAUUUUUGGCUAUUUUCUACAUCAGUGACUUAAGACUGCUUUUUUGCUCCAGUGUCACACAUAUGGUGCAAAUGUGAUCUGUUUUACCCAAACAAACUGUUGUCAGUGUUUCGUGAGCAUUUAUUUGUGCGUGUGUGUGUGUGUGUGUGUGUGUGAUUGUUUCUGUAAAUAAUAUAUCAGAGCAAUAUAAAAGUGAUGGAUUCACCAAAGCUGUCAAUGCUGUGACAUGUUCAUGUUUCGUUCCCGUUCAAGACAGUUUAAGGUUAUUAUCUGACGAUAUUAUCAAUGGAGAAUGUGUGUGUGUGUGUGUGUUAACCCUGAUCUGAAGGGAUCCAGAUGUACAAUCAUCAGCUCCCAGUACAGAAGAAGUGAAUUAUAAUCAUCUGUUUGUGUCCACAUGCAAAACUCUGCAAUCUCAGGAGGAUGUUUUAUGUCUAUACUUUUUUAUUUUUGCUGCACAUGUAGAGUCGAGGUGAAUCUUAGACUGUUUCUUCUCUUCGAUUUCCACGUUGAGCUACCUUCGUUCUGUACAGUAUUAUUUCUUCAUUAUAAGAAUGUGUAAAAUACAUCGGUGCAAGAGAAUCUUUAUUUUGUGAGCUACUCGGUGAAUUCGAGAAUUCUUAAAUAUUGGUAUGAAGUAGAUGUAAAAAUAAAUAAAUAAAGACAAUAACGUGAAAUCAAAAA